GCACAACUCUCAGUUCUGUGCGAGAGUCCGAGAGCGGAGCACGUCUCGAUCCCUAGCGGAUGGCCACUUGAGCCCCGUGUGCGCCCGGCAGUGUAUUCAACUGGCGAUGGAGUGACCGUUCCGCCCGCGUGCCAAUUGAUCCGCUACCACUCGCUGGACCAGAGUUAGUGGUGACUGACCCCCGACACUUAGAGACACUUUCGCCAUGGGCCUGCUGCCGAGCGUCGGCCGAAGAAAAGGCCCGAAUGGUGCGUGCGCCAGUGUUCGCGACGUGACCACGGUGCUCCUGCCGCACGCAUUCUUUGUGUUGGUCGCGCUACAAACUCUUUUUAUGAGUACGCAGAUAGUGAGUUCGGAAAUGAUCACCGUCUUUUGGAAUAAAACCAAUCCAAUAUUUAGAAUAGACAACACAGACCACAUAGUCGAUAUCAACGUGGGAAACAAGAACUAUGAUUAUGACCAGGCAAAUAUCAUUUGCCCAGUCUACGAGCCUGGUACUCCGGCAGAAGAUGUCGAGAAAUACAUAAUUUACAAUGUAUCGAAGGAAGAGUACGACACUUGUCGCAUCUCGAAUCCACACCCUAGAAUCAUCGCUAACUGUGAUAAGCCAAACAAACACUUGUUCUACACAGUGACUUUCCGCCCGUUCUCGCCUCAGCCGGGAGGCCUGGAAUUCCACCCUGGACAUGACUACUACUUCAUCUCCACCUCUUCUAAAAAAGACAUUCAAGCCCAUCACAGUGGCAGCUGCGCUGAUUUUAACAUGAAGAUGAUGUUCAAGGUGUGCUGCAAGUCCAACGAGACACAACCCAGUAAGAACAAUACGAAUUUUUUGUUGGGCCCUCAGCUGAUUGCAAUUUGUUUUCCAGACAACACCAUCCCGUAUCCAGAUAGGCAAACGCCAGCCAUCGUUUACACUCCGCCUACAACGGUGACCUAUACGCCACCGCACACGCCAUCGAGGGCCACGAGUCCGCCGGCAAAGGAGUACCCUACGGCGAAGCCGCCCAAAAAGAGCAGCGAUUACGACAAGCAUCCAAACGAGGUGCUGAAAAACGAGGAGCUGACGCUGAAAGGCGACGCCUGCUCGCGGUGGUGCAGCGCCACCACCACGUGGUCUCUGUUGGCGGCGACGCAGGCGGUGCUGCUGCUGAGGUGGCGGUGAGCGGCGCCGGCGACAGGUGGCCGCCUCGCUAGACCUUCGGAGUGAGCGAGACUGGACGUGCGUGUGUCGAGCGAGUGGAAAAUUCGGCCGGUGCGCCACCCUGUCGGCGGGGGGCCGCGGCUGGAGAAAAAAGACUGCAGGCAAUUCUAGUUCAUCCUUCUAAAGUUAAGUCGCGCGAGAAAGAGAGCGAGAGAGAGAAAGUAAGAGAGCAAGCGAGUCUAGUUUGGCCUAUUUUUCUCGACGCAGAGAGGAGCGCAGAAAUGAAUGAGCGAUUUGAUUUAUUCAAACAAUGGACCACAGAGACAAGUAGUAGUGUUGUUCAAGAGAAGCAAGAUUAUAGAGAGUGUUACGUGAAAACAAUUAAAAACUGAAUGUAGAAUGUAUCAUAUAAAAAAAAAUGAAGAUGAAGAUUUUCUUGGAGUCUUGUGAUCGGUGCAGUUGAGAGCGAUUCACUUUUACCUUGUGUUCGGUCGGGGCUCUGCACUCGGAUGAGAGUUUCCAAAAGUUGAACACAAAUCCCCAUCUGAUCUCAUUAACAUCGGGUUGCUGCGCACUGUUUGCUGAAAAUCGUGCCUUUGUGCAACUCAACUUAGUGUAUAUUACGAAAUUAAAAUCAAGCCGUCUUUAUUAGACCAAAUAGGAAAAAAUGAUUUUUUUAUUUUAAUUUGUCAUCUUUGUAUUUUUUUUAAUUUGUCUCGAUUAAUUUGAUUCCAAAUUGCGCAAUGAGGAGAAGAGAGCAUUACUAUCGAGACUGAAAUCAAAUUUGAUGGCACGACCUGCAAAAUCGGCAACCCAUUCUCAAUUACUCCUCCGAUUGCAGCUCCGAUUUCCAAGAGGAAUGAGCAGACCACACAUACACACACACUCACACACAACUCAAACACACUCACUACAGUUACGAUCCAUUUUACUUCCUGUGUUGCAACUGCUAUAUUUAUUAUUUGACGCCGUGUACAGAAUCUGAUGAUUGUCUAUAUCGAUAUUAUGUUGAGUCUGAAUUCGGUGUCUGGUUGUACAAUUGCUGUCUGACGUGUCCACAUUAGUCGUCCGAACUUGAUUGAUGUCGCUCUGAAAUCGAGGACCGCGCGCGCGGCAGCAGUGGGAUUUUUGCGGAAGGCUGGAGCGUGAGACACGGUGGUCAUUCGCUCUCAUUUCCCGAUUGCCGUGUGAAUACUUAAUUUGCCGCCAUUCCUGCCAACUCUUGCAUGUACUGGUGAUUUUCUUUCCGCACCAGAAGCAGACCUUUUCUUUUCCGAUUUGCAAAACAAACUCGAUUGUUAUGUGCAAUGCUAUCUCUAUCAUUCCCUCGCAAACUUUGCGUGGUUAUUAGCUCACGUUGUGUACUCUGUAUUGAACAUUCCAUUCCUCCUUACUCUCCAUUCGUGUACAGACCGAUUUUAUUUAAAACUUUCGUGUUGAGUUAGUAACUCAACCGCAGUGAUUUUACCAGAAGAGCUUUGCAGAUUUUUUUCUAAUUUUUUUGUGUCCAGACACGUGGAGGCAGCAAAGGUAGCAAGCUCUCUUUGUCCAUUUUAAUUAAAUUAUUAUUAUUCUUAAAAUGUACAAUAUGUCGCUCCCGUCAGAACUGAAUAUAGGACAAAAAGUCGCGUCGUUUGGAAAGUGUAGUUAUUAUACAUAUUGAAAUGCGGAAAAUCAAUGGAAAAUUCUCUCACAUGUGAUAUUUGUAUAAAUGACGACAUCAACAAUAAUAAUGACGGAUUUUUCACCAGUGUUUUCGUUUAGCGGAGUUAAAUCCGAUAAUCCCGCCACGACAUGAUUGAUUUGUACAUACCAAAAGUUGUUGUAAAAAGAUACAGACCCACGCAAGAAUUUGAGAAAUAGUGAACGUAAUAAUAUUAAUUAUUAAUUAAAAAUAGUUAAAUGAUAUUGUCACACACAACACACACACACACACACACACAUACAUAAAGUAAAGUUUAAACACACACAUGCAUUACAAGUAGCCAGACAGAUGGAUAGAGAGAAGAAUUUAAGAUGACAUAAAAAAUGAAACAAAAUGUUUUAUUGCUGUAUAAAUGAUGAUGAGAUGUGUAUAUGUACAUAUAAAGAUGAAACAAAAUGAACAAAAAAAGGAAGAAACCGAAUAUCAUCAUGCAGAAGAACUCUCUCGAUUUAUUAUCUUUUAAGUGCCAUAAUGGAAAAUUUAAGUUCUUCGCCGCCCACUACCAAUUUCUGUGCACCGAACCCUACGUGAAAUGAAUUAAAUAUAUAUAUCUUCUCAGUCAGUUUUGGCACAAUUUUUCGUCGAAAUGUAAGUGCUCUGAUAUUUUUUGGUAUCGCAAAUUUCAGUCCGGCACUCUGCUCAAAGUUUUAAGGCAAAAGUCCGAAAAUUUAACUCUGAUGGUGCUGAAUUUUACUUUCUAGGCCGGAGCGAGAUUCGCCGAAGAAAGCGAACACACACUCACGCGACACACAACACAUUGCAUUUUUUUAAGCGGGUAUUUAAAAUUUUUGUCCAUCCAAAUGCUGCACUUUUUAUAGCGAGUCGGGUUUCGGGCCGCCGCUCGCAGCUCGGUGAAGUGUGCUUUCGCGGGGUGCGCGACGUCGUUCGGAACUGUCUAAAAAAAAAACGAUGAUUUUGGUGCUAAACACACGCCAGACGCGCGCCGCAUCCCCGCGCCUCGUACUUUGUUUACUUUUGACAAACGGAAAUUAUUACCAAGAAGGAGCACUAUCUGUACUUGCUUUGUCUCGUCUGUCGUGAUUUUAAAAAAAAAAGGAAAAAAAGAUACAAAUUGACCCCAGUAGAAUUUGCAGAAUUGACGCACCGUGUGUAUAUAUCACUUUCAAUUCCCGCGAGAUGUGUACGCCUCGCUUUUGACGAGAGACCGAAUUGUAGUGGUAUCGUUAAUUUAUUUUCAGCCAGAAGAGUCAACUCACUUAAAUAUGUAAAUUGCUUUUGUUCACUGUCUUUCUUAUGCGUUGCCAUCAGCGAAAAUUGCGCGGAAAUUCAUCAAUUAGGCAGAGAUAUAUUUAUAAAGAAAGAAUCGAUUGUCUUGUACACAUUUGAAUUAGCAGCACUUCUGUCGAAACCUGCAUUCUUCUGAUGGGAAAUAUUUUAUAACUGACUUUUGUACAGCGAAAUAAACAACUGUAAAAUGUGAAUUAAAAAUGAA